AUGACUUCUCCGGAUAAUAAUUGGAAAUGGAGGUGGGAUAAGGCUUGUAAUUGGAUAGGUAAAGUAAACUGUCAUAUGAAGCCUCUAGUCAUUCGACAUAUCAAACAAAGGCUAUCUUCCAACUGUCUAGCGGAGUUUGAGCGGUCUUGUUUCGGCCACUUUUUGAAGUUCCACGACAAUUCUUAUAACAGUGGCAAAUUACUUUUGUCACUGUUUGGGAGAGAGGUUGAGAUCGACAACCCUCGGGAAAAAGAAUGCUAUUAUCGAAUUGGUGGUCGCAACCAUAAGUUCGGAAAGGAAGAAUUUUGCGCGAUCACUAGGUUACGAUUCGGCAAUAGCGACUUUGACCCGGAUACCAAUAAGAGCCUCCCACCGGCUAAUGGAGUUUACCGUCGAUAUUUCGACGGAAAGACUGUGCUCGGAAGAGAUUUGUUGUCGAAGUUUGUUGACCGAAAAUUUGAGGAGGACGAUGCUCUGAAAGUGGCUUUCAUACUCGUAGUCUUCUUCUUCAUUCUGUCCCCGGACUCCAGGAUGUCGGUGCCAAUGUGGUGGUGGACACUGGUUGAAAACACAACAGAAUUCGAGAGAUUUCCCUGGGGUUCAUACGCUUUUCAGCGUCUUCACCACUAUUUGGAAAAUGGGAUUAGACCGCCGGUUGGUGGGGGGGAGGUGCAAUUCAAUAUCUGCGGGUAUAUCAUGGCACUUCAGGGUGACAACCUUCCAAGGGGCGCCCGAUGGACAUGUGGAAAGGUGCCAUUCAAUGGUGCCAAUGAACUAGAUAUUGCUGAGAUUCCAUAUUCACCCAUGGUGUUAACGGCCGAGGAGAAGAACGCCUCUUAUAUGGCUGACAUCAACAGAGAUUUAUCCUCGAAUAUUCAAUACAUUCAUCGUGAUCAGUGGGCGAGCAGCUGUCAACCAUUGUCUUCGGCCAAAAUGCAUGGACGGGGGUUGAAGACAAUGCGACCCUCAAAUAAGACUCAUUCUGCAAACAAUCUGGAAUUUUCUGAAGAAGAUGAACAUAUCCCGCCCGCCAAAAGAAGAGCGCAUGAUGUUGAGCCGGAAAGACCACAUCCAGUUGCAUUUGACAGACCAUCUGCAUCGUCUACCGUUGACGAGGCGAAGAUCGAAGAUGUUGUAUCGAAAAAAAUUGAAGAGGCUUUUGCUAGGAUGUUGCCUAGGUUUGUUGACUCGGCGGUUUCAGAGGAUGAUUUGGGGAAGUAUGAUUUGGGGAAGGAUGAUUUGAGGAAGGAUGAUUUGGUGAAGGGAGAAGAAUCGAGGCAAGAAAGAGAGCAUUCCAACCAAAAAUCUGAUUUUGUACCGGAGUCCGGUGAUCAUGUUGUUUCAGGUGAGGAUGUUGUGGAUGAGGAUGACGGUAUUGCGAAAGUUGGCCCCUCACAGGAUGUAGCUGCUAUCACUCAGAAGCCGACAAAAGGAGGUGGAUUCACGGAUGGUGAUGGUGAUGGUGUUGUGGUAGGUCGAACACUUCGCGUUAAGUUCAAAAAUAGCAAGCUUUCCUCACCAUUCAUUGACUACCGGGAGAAGAAAACUGAGAAGCAAUUAAAGGUGAAAUACGAAAAUUGGAAGAAGAAGAAAUCUCCAAUGGCUUGUUAUCGAAUCAAUGGAAAGUGCUUCAUCCCGACGAUCCUCAAUGUACGCAGAGCUAUCCAGACGUCGCAAAUUAUGAGAGUUGGAAUGUUCCUCCGGGUCUGGUUAGUUAUGUUCGUGGUACUACUAUUCGUUGUGGAUCUCCUUGGCAUACAAAUCCCGAUGUAA